GUCGUUCUACCUCUGUAGUUUUUCCAUUUUUUCUUAUAAAUUUCGAGGGGGGAGAAAAAUCCUUGGAAGCACUUGAAACAACGGAGUUCUGUUCCGUCGGUGACAAUCAAUCUAAGAAGGAAAAAUAUUUCCGUUUCAUGGUAAGGCGUCUUCUUUAGUUUUAAUUUAGUUUUCAGGAAUACGGAUUAGUAUCUAGAGCAUGGGGAAAUCUGCUGCAGAUGAAAUGAUUCUCAGUUACAAUGACAUUGUGCUUAGAGGAUCUGACUUGGAAAUCCUCAGUGGUCCAUAUUAUCUGAAUGAUAGAAUCAUAGAGUUCUAUUUUAGUCUCCUAUCUUCAAGUCACUCUUCACAGGACAUCCUCUUCGUUUCACCAUCGAUUGCUUUCUGGAUAACCAACUGUCCUGAUGUAGAUGGUCUCAAAGAUUUUUUGGAACCCCUUAAAUUGCCAGAUAAGAACUUUGUGCUUUUUCCGGUCAAUAAUAACGAUGAUGUGGGCUUAGCCGAAGGUGGAAGUCACUGGAGUUUACUUGUAUAUUACCGAAGUGCUAAUGUCUUUGUGCAUCACGAUAGCAGUCAGCAGAUGAAUAAGAGGCAUGCCAUGAAGCUGUAUAAAUCUGUAGUCGGUUAUAUCAGUGGUUCCAGUUCAUCCGGUAACGACAAGUAUCUAGAAUGCAUUGACACGCCUCAACAAGUUAACGGUUAUGAUUGUGGCUUAUACGUAAUGGCUACCGCAAGAAUCAUAUGCUCCUGGUAUGAAAGUAGUGAAAGCAAAAAUGAUAAGGAUUUGUGGUUUUCUGCUCUAAAGGAGCAGGUUACUCCAUUGGCGGUCGGUGAGCUGAGAAAAGAGAUACUGAGGAUGAUCAAAGAUCUAAUGGACAAGAAAUGAGAGUUUUUGAAUCACAAAGUAAAACUGAAGGAUGGGUUUGGAUUAAGUCUUGUGUGAAAGGAGAUGAAGUUCUUCCAUUUCAUAGGGAUCUUGUAUGAAUUUCUGGUCUUUCUUUCGAAGUUUGGGACUUGAUCUGUUUUCUGGGUAGCAACUAAAGCAGGCAAUGUAUCAGUAAUUUCUAUUCCAUUUUUCC